UAUUUGUUCUGCUUUCCGUUUAACUUGGAUUUACCUUUCCUGAUUUAUGCAGAGCCAGCUUCCUGCCAACUUCUGCUGGUGGUGAUUCAUAUGAUAAUAAAUCAGUAUCAAUUGGUCUAAAUUUUUGACUUAUCUACAGAUGAAAAUACUGCAAGCCAAUGCUGGAGUGCUUACCAAUUUUGAAGUACUCGAUUUUCUACAAACAAGAGGAGCAUCACAGGAUCCUACGCGGGUUAUAUGCCCUGUAGCUCCAUCUGAGUUCAAGGUUUAUGAUUAUUUGGUUCAAAGUGCGGCAUGCAAUCAAACAAGGCAAUGCAUUAAUGAGUUCUUGAAAAGGUGUGAAGAGUAUGAUCUUGCAAAGGCUGAGAAGCUCAAUAUCAUCAAUAUUCGACCUUCUUCUGUGGUUGAAAUUGACCCGAUAAUCGAGGAGUGUGAGAAGCGUAUGGAAGGUGAAACCGUGGAGAAGUUGGUGGAGAUAGCUGUUCAGGUAUUGCCACCGCCUCCAAAUUCAAUGAAGCCUGAAGAAGGGAAGAAUGAAGACUGAAAUUUCAAAAACAGGAGUGAAUUUGGGAAGGUAAAGAUUCUAUUUGCAGAUGUUACCUAGAAAGCAUUC